AUGCUAAGGGAAACCCUGACACAGUUGAGAUCGAGUACUUAUAAUAGUCGCCAUCCUCAGCUCAAGCGUGAACACAGUGUAUCAGGUACGUCUAAUGUAUAUCUAAGUUUAUUGCUAUUGAGUAUAGUGUGUCUGGGAAUAAAUUAUGCGAUUGUAGGCCUAACGGAGCUGGAAUUUCGGGCGGGAUAUGGACAGACUGAUGGAUUAGAUUGUUCAUAUACCAAGUCAAUACUAUAUAUAUACCGAGUCGUGCUGCAGUCACAAGCAAGUUAGCCAUCCCGAAAACAAUAGCCCAUCAUGCUGCAUGCCACAUGCUUUCCAAAACAUUUAACAUUUCUUGAAAUUUAUCGGGCUUAAGAUGUGUGUAUUCCGUUGGCGUUGUGUUUGUGAAUUGUCGAAGUUAACAGUUUAAAUACUUGCAAUUUGUUCGUUGACGUUAAUUUGUCUUUGUAAAUAUUUAAAUAUAUUGCCAUUGGUAAAUUCUUUAUUCUAGGGACCCAACAAGCAAUGGAAGGCCUGAAAAUGUACAUGGAUUUUUAUUUUGGAGGGGAGCUACAUAGCAACGAAGAAUUCGACGAGUGAGUUUGUUAACUGUAAACUGUAAUGUAGUAAUCUGGGACAUUAUACCGACUUCUGGGAUCCUAUUCCAGUCUCCUAUAUACAAACGGUUGAACAGUUUCCGUGGACUGUUGCAGAACAGACACUAUACGAGAAUUAAUUCAACAAAUAAUUUCCUUGCCAGUAUGAAAUCCAGUACCGAAUUAUUGUUGUAUAUAAGCAACAAAAAUGACAGCAAAUAAGCUAUUCAAGCUAGUUUAUACCAAAACCGCAGAUAGUUAUAAUUAGUUAUUUUAAUUAGCACAAAACUUCCUAAAGGCUGAAUUCCACUGUUGCGUUUUUCGUAUGCACGUACACGCACGUAAAACUUUGAACCUUCAAUUUUUUAAAUAUCUUACAAAUAAGAUAACAAAUGCAUACUAAAACUUGCGGAACACUAGAUUCUGUCGCUUUAUUUAUUUGGUUAUUUCAUAAGUAAAAUUUAAACAGAUUUAAAAUUUUACGUGCGUAUACGUACGUCUGAAAAACGCAACAGUGGAAAUCAGCUUUUAACGCUGGUAAUUUCUGUAGCCAUCGUAAGAUAUACAUCUGGUUGCAGAAUUUUAAUGACAUGCAUAAUUAUAUAUAUUUUGGAAUUUGAGAAAGUCAUAAGUUACAUUAUUUUGAGGAAGGUUUGAAAACUUGAAAUCUUACCCGGAGGAAGGUUGAACACUUUUUGCAACUUUGUUUUAAUAUACCCAGGGUACAAACGCAAGACCCCUCCUGCUAGCUCACCUCAUGCUUAUUAUUUUAUACCGCUAUACAAGUUAAUAUCGCUAGGACCAAUAGAUGCUGUCGAGCGCUUCUAUAUAUAUAUGUAUCAUGAGCCUCUGGUAGGGGUAAAUUGGGCAACCAUACUCGGUGUAUAAAGACGUAAAUUAUUAUCUCAAUUUUUUCCAUGUUUUGCAGGGCAGACAAGGUUAAAUUGCCGACGGGCACUGAAGUGCAGAACAUCGGCGGCACUACUAGUUGCAGAUCGUUUGGUUACGAUUCGUGGAAACAAUUUUACGAAGAUACAGUUGGUAAUUGGCCUGCUAUGUGUCCCGUUAAUUAUUGUACCCGGAAAGCAGUGUAUGGAGCGCAUGUAAGGGUCGAUUUCAAUCCUAGUGGGGCAUGGAUUAUGCCUAUUUGUGCCAGACAUAAUCAUUACACCAACAAAGAUUGGAUGCCAAUUAAUGCAAACACAAUUGCAGUGUACGUUGAGGAGCAACACACAAGUGGAUAUUACUGGGAUUACAGUUUAUACAGCAAAUGA